CCCACUAACCCGCCAAGUUGUUUGCUUGCAUAUUCAGUUCUGCAUCAGAGAAAAAGGGAAAACCGUCAGCCAUGUCUGGAAGAGGAAAGGGUGGCAAGGGGCUCGGAAAGGGAGGUGCCAAGCGACAUCGUAAGGUUCUGAGGGAUAACAUUCAGGGAAUCACCAAGCCCGCGAUUCGCCGCCUCGCUAGACGUGGUGGCGUUAAACGUAUCAGUGGUCUCAUCUACGAAGAAACUCGUGGUGUUCUCAAGAUCUUUCUCGAGAACGUGAUCCGAGACGCUGUCACCUACACCGAGCAUGCUCGCCGCAAGACUGUCACUGCCAUGGAUGUUGUCUACGCUCUCAAGAGGCAGGGCAGGACUCUUUACGGUUUCGGUGGUGUGCUGAAAUUGCAAUCAAAUUUGCGGCUCUUUAAUAAUGUAUCUAUGGAUGUCUAUGCUCAUUUUAUUGUUCGAACAGACGUCUCCAUUGAAAGCAAUGAAACAUUGCCAGAGUCACAACAUACUGUUAUCUUAUGGGAGGCGAAGGACUUCAACAUCCGAUUCCAGGGGACGGGCAUGGGAAGGAAGGAGCGACUUGCGAUCACGGCGGAACUGGCGUUGAAGGUGGCGUCAGAGGUGGUGUUGGAGAAAAAGGAAAAAUCGUCAGCCAUGUCUGGAAGAGGAAAGGGUGGCAAGGGGCUCGGAAAGGGAGGUGCCAAGCGACACCGUAAGGUUUUGAGGGAUAACAUUCAGGGAAUCACUAAGCCCGCGAUUCGUCGUCUCGCUAGACGUGGUGGCGUUAAACGUAUCAGUGGUCUUAUCUACGAAGAAACUCGUGGUGUUCUCAAGAUCUUUCUCGAGAACGUUAUCCGCGACGCUGUCACGUACACCGAGCACGCUCGCCGCAAGACCGUCACCGCCAUGGAUGUUGUCUACGCUCUCAAGAGGCAGGGCAGAACCCUCUACGGUUUCGGUGGUUAGAGAAUUGGGGAUUUGUACAAUGCCUCGGAAAUUAGGGUUUCUUACAAUUUCAAUUUCAUUGUCGAUAUUGCUUAGUGUUUCAAGAAUUGAUCUUGUUUAGCUUUGAGUUGUAGUUCAAAAUUAUUAAUUUGAGUAAUAAUGGAUUGGACGUUUUGAAGGGAAAUUCGUUCUGUAUUUGUGUUUUCUUGUUACCUAACCAGCGCUAAAGUAAAAGUAUUGAUAUAGCCCUUCCUGGUUUUUAACUUUUCUUGAA